AUGUCAAAACUCUUCGAUAUAAAACACCAACUCCUGCAGUACGCAACCCACCACAACCACCCUGUCAACGUCGCAAUCCACUUAACUUGCAUCCCUCUCAUCCUCUGGUCCGCCCUCGUCUUUGCCGCCACCUCUGGCCCCCUCCUCCCUUCCCCUUCCCCGGCCGCCGUGGCAUCGGGUGCGACAUUCCCGGCCCUUGUGGAUAAGGUGUUCCAGUUUGCGACGCCGAAUUUGGCAUGGGCGGCUAUGGUGGGCUAUGUGGGGUAUUAUUUUGCGCUUGACAAGGAGACCGCCUUCAUAAGCGCGCCCCUAUUCCUAGGCGCCGCGAAAUUCGCCACCGACUUCUACCUCACCAACCCGUCCGCAGUCCGGAUCGCAUCAUACAUCCACGUCACCGCCUGGAUCGCUCAAUUCAUCGGCCACGGAGUCUUUGAAAAGCGCGCCCCAAAGCUCACCGAGAACCUGAUCCAAGCCCUGGUCCUGGCCCCUUACUUUGUUGUAUGGGAGUUUUUGUUUAUGAUCGGUUAUAGGCCUCAGUUGAAGCGGGAGUUGGAUGUCCUGGUCGAUGUGGAUAUAAAGGCUUUUAGAGCCCGGAAGGCGGCGGCGGCGGCGGCUGGUGGGAAGGCUGGGAACCAGAGUGCGGGUGCAACUGUUGCGGCUCUUGUUGAUGAGAAGAAGGAGCAGUAG